AACUAAAUUCGAGCACUUGUUUAAAAUAAAAGUUUUGAGAGCGUAAAAUUAAAGUACAUUCAUAAACAAUUUUGCAUGUGAGGAGGUCGCAAGCGCAGAUAUAAAUUAUAGUAUUGAGUUAAACAACUGUGAUAAAAAGCUUUCUAGUAAAAGGAACUACUAAAGUAACGGAGCUAUUUUCAAAAGAACCGCUUGUGAGGGCAGAAAAUUUCCCCAACGAAAAUCUACACAAUAGCGAUUCCGCUGAAAUCUUAAAUCAAGGAAAAUACCAGUUGAAAACUGCAAAAUGUCGGGUCAAAACCCAGCUGGAUCGAAAAGUACAUCCAGCAAUAAUAAGCGAUCGAAGGUUGCAAGCGAUUAUGGCAGUAGUGGUGCGUCUACUGCUGCACUAAGUCGAGAGAGCCAAGAAGUUUCCCAAAAAAAGGAAUUGUUAGGAAAUAUUGACAUAGAUUAUCAGUCCUGCGACACAGAUUCAGGGUUUUUGUCAGGUCCAUUAAGCUCAAAUCUCGAAGAGCAAGAAGAACAGAAACAAAGCACUGACAGAAAAUUUUCAAAUAACUUUAACAAGUUGAAUUUUAACAAAAGAGCGGUGGGCAACGUUAAAAACUCCACUGAUAGUUCGCAUCAUCACGGGAAAACUGAGGAGGAAUUUGAUGUACUUGACUCGGGUUGCAUUGAAGAAGAAGAAUACGACGAGUCUAUCGAGACAGGAGCUCAAGCCGAAAAUCAAUAUAAUGAACAGCAACAUACGGAAUCGCAACAGCACCAACAUAAAUGCCAUAAUAUAGCCGGUGCGUAUAACAUCACAAGUUCACACGACGCAAAAACGAAUCUCAAACACGAUGCCGACAGCAACAGAUCUGAUAGAUUUUGUAGUCUUAGUUUACAAAAGGAGAGAACAAAUAUAGUGAACGCGUCUGGCCGAGUGGCAACAGUUGAGCCUGUAGCAGCAGCAACAACAAAAACGGCAGAUUCUAAUCAAUUGCCAAUAUGGGAACAAAAUGAUGAGGGAGACACUUAUCUGCACUUGGCAUGUCUAUCGGGUGACGAAUAUAUUGUUUGUGCUCUUAUCCGUCUUGCUAUCCAUUCGUGCCUUUUAAAUAUAAGGAACGAUUACGGCCAAACCGCCUUACAUCUAGCAGCACUCACAAAGCAACGAAGAAUUUCGCGCAUGCUGUUACUUGCGGGCGCUGAGCCGGACUUACGUGACCGCCAUGGAAAUACAGCUUUGCAUCUCGCCUGCAUGUCUGGCGAUGAGCAGUGUGUCAGUGCGUUAACAAUGCCUUUUAGCGCUUCAGAGAUCAACGAAGCGCAUCGUCAGAAUGGCUACAGACCAAGCAGUAAAAUAGCAAACGUUUUGGAGAUCAGAAACUAUAAUGGCGAAUAUUGUGUUCAUAUCGCUGCCGAGGCGGGCCAUUUAAAAAUACUAAGUAUUUUAGUACAACAUGGCGCGGAUAUCAACGCCAGAGAAGGGAAAGGUGGCUACACACCGCUACACAUGGCCAUUGAGAAGGGCAAUGACGAGCUAUUCAAUUUCCUACUCGACGAUUGCAAACAGACUCUGAAUUUGGAAACAUCAACGUUCGCCCGAUUGACUGCAUAUCAGUUUGCCUGUAUUUUGAAGAGAUCGCAGAUGGAAAGCAUUUUGGAAAAUCAUGGUGCAGAGCCUCUCACACCACCGGAGAGUGAAUCCGAAAGUAGCGGCGAUGAAUCGGAAUAAACAUACAACACUUCUAUCUUCUCAUUAAAAAGUUCUACGUUUUAGUAGAGCCAACGUAAUAAUCAAAGUGUUUUCAUCUACUCUAAGAGCAUUUGAUCGUAGAGAGAAAACCCCGCAGAGUUAUUAUUGUUUGUAAUUUAUGAAUUGUUUUGACUCAGUUAUUCCCUAGUCGAAUAUAUGUACCUAUACUUGCAAUAUACAAUUUGUUUCAUCUGAAUACUCCAUUAAAAAUUUAUGUUAAUAUUAAAAUUAACCAACCGAAAAAAUUGUACGUCUAAUUGUUAAUGUUUUUAAAAAGAUGUGCCUCAAUUUUUGGGCCAGUUAAAGUUGAAAAACAAAAAGAAAAUAAUUUUUUUGAAAUUUUCGACCUCUCAUUUACUAUAGCUGCAUUGAAAAACUUAGUUCUAAGCUAUGUCAUAUACAAACUCAUAGAUCCUACUUGUAAAUCCAUAACAAUUAAGAAUAAAGUUGUACUCCAUAGUUAAGUAAAAAAAUUUUUUUUUGAUAUUGCGUUAAUAAAACAAAUUUUUUAAUAAAAA